AUGGAUGAUAACUGGCAUGCCAGCGCCUUAAAUGUCCGGGACCGAACAAGAAAAAUCAUGGCUAUACAUUUAAUCGCAAGGGACGUGUGGAGCGCGCUUCACGAAUCGUUCAAUGUCCCAAAUGUGAAUGUAUGGUACUUGUAUCUUGAACUUGACAACAACACCUGGAUCCGGCUCGACGUGGUCCCCGGAUCGGGCGACGAUAAGUUACGUUGUAAGAUUCGACUCAUCUCCACCGACCGUUCAUAUCCUCCGAACGUCGUCUACAAACGUGUCUUUACGAUCAAUGGUACGAUGACCUUGGACGAUCUUGUUGCGAAAGCCCAGAGUAAUGGCCGCCAGAAAUAUACCGUUACCAAUGAAGGGAGAGGGCGUCGACAUUGGUAUACUACCUUCAUUCACGACUUCGAGAAGGACAAUACUAUCUCUGCAACUAAGUUCGACAUGUCCUGGUUCUUCCCAAGCAAGGAUCAACGUGAAGAGAGCCCCAUCGGAGAGGGCACAUUUCUUACCUAGAUUGUCAGAGCAUCCAAGGCGCGGGAGGGGGACAGGAUUUGCCCAAGAAUGUAUCAAAAUGACC